UGUGAAGCUGCAGAAGCGUGCGUGCUGGUGCUGAUGCUGCUGUGAGGAGGAAGAUGAAGGAGGAAGCUGGUCUUGAUCCACAUGUGUGUGAAUGCAAUAGAGAAGUGGCUGCUGGAAGAGUCUUUAAUGAGCAGAAAUGAGCUGCUUCACUGAUCUUACAUUUACACAUCCUUCAUCUGGUUCCUGUGGACGUUUGUUGCAGCUGACAGACAAACAUGGCAAAGAAAGACUAUCUGGUCGACGCAGCUCAACAGAUUCGAAUGGCACUGGACAGAGAAAUCAACGAGGAUUAUGAAGCUGCAUUCAGCUACUACAAGAAUGGAGUGGAUCUGCUGCUAAACGGAGUUCAAGUGGAUCCAAACAAGGAGAGACGUGAGGCCGUGAAGCGGAAGACCACUCAAUAUCUGAAGAGAGCCGAGGAAAUUUUCAUAUCUUACUUACAGGACAACAUCACUAAAGGAUCCGCUCACUUAGGAGGUUACAGCAGUUUACGGUUUCGGUCGAUCAGACACCUCAGCUCACCGGUGGAGAAUCUGGCCAUGUGCAGAGUAACUCGAAUUAUUGAUAAGGUGCUGAUGGUGGAAAGUUUAAUAAGCAAGGAGACAUUUAUCGUUAAGAGUUUACCCAAGUCCAGCUGGGAGAGUCGUGAGAGGUCAACCAUCAUUCCUCAGGGUGUUCCAUUCAUGGUAAAGUUGCUGAAGUACUACGUCAGUGAAGACUCUGUGUUCCUACAUCUAGAGCAUGUUCAGGGUGGAAGGCUCUUUUCCAGACUUUGCAGGGUCAGAAGCGAAGAAGUCAGGGAGCAUCCCGAGUGCUUCAGUCCCAACCAGCACAAGAUCCACCUGAAGAACAGCUACACCCUUCCUGCCUUCAGCCAGGAGAGUUACCUGAAUGAGAAUUUUGGGAUAACAGCACCUCUUGAGAGGCCAGGAAGACCUGCUAAUCAUUGCAUUGAGAACUGCAAAACCUGUUCUUACUGUAAAGAUACAGCUUUGUAUGCAGCAAGGACAGAUUAUGGCCUGGCCUCUAUCGGUCUUUCCAAUGGUCAGUGUCUAAAGUCUUCAUCUCAGGAUAAUGUUCCUCUUCCUGUUCAUCCCUGUGUGAUCGUGGACACUCGGGAUCCUCUUGAUGUCACUUCCGACCUUCUAGGAAACGAUGUCCGCAUUGAGCGGAUUGACUCUAGCGUAGAUUUGAACAAAGCUUGGAAUGCUUUGGAACCUGCUCAAGACCGUAGAAUUUGUACUAUUCCAGGGUCAAACUCUGACAUUCUCUGUUUCAGCAUUGCAGCUCAGAUCACUCCCGCCACUUUAUUUGGUGGAAACACCCAACCGACCCUCUGCAGCACCAUUGACGUUCUUCCACAGAGGGUGCGUAUAGUUUCGAACACAUCACAUUUACAUCCACAAAGCCAAGCGCAAGAUGGCUUUCACCAUGAACAGUGUGCCAGUAACUCUAAACCGAGUGGAAAUGGACAGCUUUCGCAGUUUGUGGCCGAAUUGAGCGUAGAAAAUUCUUAUCACUGUCCAACUGAAUGUAGACCUCAAAAGCAAGAAGGAAUCUUGUUAGACUUCACAAAGAUGACCUCUCGGGGGAGCUCUGAUGAUACUGUGAGAGAGGGCAUGGACAAUUGGGAGUUCCCCAACCCUUUGUUUAAACAUACACAGGAGGGCACGAUCUUAUUCCAAUCAGCUCCUAGAAUGAACAGUUCCUUUUUGAGUAAGACUAAACUACAAGGCCCUAAUGUUGAACAGCUGGUUGAGGUGGACAGCUUGGGCCAUCAACCCCUACUGAAGGCCAGAAGCUUCAAUGCAGAUUCUAAGCGGGGUGGAUGGGGACUUCCAGAAGAGGAGGUGCGACUUUGGGGGGCUCAGAUCCUGCUGGCCCUGGAGAGUCUUCAUGAGCAGGGCAUUGUAUGCCUGGACCUCAACCCCAGAAACAUUCUGCUACGGAGCAGUGGUGAAGUGUGUCUUACAUACUUUGGACAGUGGACAGAAGUUCAGCCUGAAAUCAGCCCAAAAUCAAUGGAACAGAUGUACUGUGCACCAGAAAUCGGCGGUGUGACAAAAGUCACAGAGGCUUGUGAUUGGUGGAGUCUUGGAGCUUUAUUAUAUGAGCUGCUUACAGGCAUGCCUCUCUGGCGGUGCCACCCUACAGGUGUUCACCCGCACACGUCGCUACAUAUUCCAGAAUUCCUGAGCACGGCAGCCGCAUCCCUUCUCACAGAGCUUCUCCAGUAUGAUGCCGGUUAUCGUCUGGGAUCUGGAGGAGGGGGUGUGAGUGACAUCAAGUGUCAUCCGUUCUUUAGUAGUGUCCCGUGGCUCACACUCAACAGUUAACUGACGCUUUAUAGAGUAUUCAAAACACUGACAGUCCCAAAGAACCAUGAGAUCUCAGAAGGAUUGAUGGACUCAUCAUCACAUCAGCCACCUGCACUGAAGUCAAAUUUCUGGAAAACACAUUGAAACUAUCACGUUGUCACACACAUGUCCUUAUACUUCCUUUAGAAAUGUACUUACCUGCCCGAGAGCAAGGGAAUAUAAACACAUACAUUUUGGGCAUUAAAAUGUCCACCUGGUGUAAUGCAGAUGUGCUGGUAAAAUGCAAUAUGACUGAACACCAAAACAUUCAGCCAUGUGUUUCAAGCAUGCAGAACCUCUCCAUUUUUUGAUGAAUUAUAUUUUGAAUGUCAUUUAUUGAACUUGUGUGACUGCAUUUAAUAAA